UUGUCUACCACUGCUGACUGUCGUUCCUUAAACUUUUGAUUAACAUAGAUCUAAUCUAUUUUUGUUCAUUAUCGUGUUCGUAGCUGAUGGGAUAAGUUUAUACGAGUAUCAGUGCAGUAGAUGUCGCAGAAAUCCAUUGGUUUUUCGUGACUCUUUGAUUCAAAUUAUUAAUAGAUGUCGCUGCUGUUUCCAAGAAAUAUCUGGGUCAGCCUCGUACCCAGAACCACCUAAGUGUGACCUCAGUUGUUCGUGAAAUCUGCUUAAGGUCCACGGUGACCUACUUUCUAAAAUAGCUACAUCAAAUGUUCGUUAGGUGUGCAAAUUUUCUCCGAUUCAAUUUUGUUGCAGAUAAAACUUUAGCAAUGGCACUUUCUUCGUCUGAUAUUCCAGUACCUGAUCUACCAGGAGCUUUCCUUAUCAGUUUGUGGUACUCAAAUGACGUAGUUGUUGUGUCGAAGCUGAUGAAAUACUUGUGUCGCGGAGGUAUGAAGUGUGUUGCCUACCUAACUUAUCUUAGAAGUCUGAUCGAUCUCGGCGUGUUUGUACUUGGCAAAAUUUCGCUACGGAUACAAUAUUCUCCUGGUUCUUGUUGACUCACUACAUAUGAUCUAUGCGAGAUAAAUGUACCUUAAGUAACAGAUUUGAAUGCAGUGUGUGACGUCAUCGGUCAUUUGGAGAACUUCCCGAUGACUAUGAUUCAGUUACAGGAUACUAGGAUUGGUCAAUUGUUACAAACCAUUCGUCACAAGGUUGAUCCACCUCUUCAAAAACGCAUUCGACUUAUUAUCAAAGCAUGGCAAAAGCUGCUAUCCUCUGAAUAUUCACAUCAGUAUGUCAUUCCUUUGAAGACUUCGGACAAAAAUAUACCUACGUCACCUAGGUCGAAUGGCACACCAAUUAAAAUAUCUGCUCGUGAAAGAUCCAGACAACCAGCAGACGCUGUAAAUGCAAUAUACCCUCCUCAGAUGAAAAGCUCCGUACAUCUCACAAAGAGAAAUUUCCCCGAUUCUCCCUCAGAAAAACUCAACAAAGAUGAUUCACAAAAAUCUGCUGUUCAUCUAACACACCAAAACGAUAAUUAUGUUUCAAAUAUUUCUAAACGUCUGAAGUGCGUAGACACAACAUCAACAGUCGUUCAGGUCCAAAGUCCGAGUAACCUUGUGAAUGGUAGUAAAUGUAUGGAAUCACAACCUCAGAAUACCGGGUUUAGAGAAAAUUUAGAUACUUCAGUACCUCAAACAAUUAUUUCAACAGCAUCUCGAUCUCCUUCAUCGAAGCUCCGAGUAGCGAAUUCCAUGCGUUUGACGAAAGUGAAAUCAACUGCAGAACUGGUCCAAGCUGCAGGAGAUUGUAUUGAUUCCGUAACUGCUGACCGCAUUCUUACAAACAGAAUCAGCAAAGAAGUCGACCCUCCUCGAGUAUGUUCAAUAAUGCAACCCACAAAAACACGUCUGGCUCGUGCAAACUCUGGCUCUCAGUCAAGUUCACGCUGUGUCUCUGCCAAUAAUAAUGAAACUUCUCAUUCUCCUAAAUGUAACACAAUUUUAGAUUUAAAGUCGGAAAUACCCUUGGAGUGUAGAGAAAGUCCUGCUGUAUACGAAAAAGAUCACAACCUAACUUCUGAUUCGGUUAAAAGUGUUAUACCUUUUGUGAACGUUUCAUCUAUCAAUAAUCAAAGUCCUAUAAGCUAUAAUAGUGAAAAUAUAUCCAAUCGACUAUUAUUCAAAGAUGUUGAGAACAACACUGCGUCAAUCGCCCAGAAAGUUAAAAAGAAGAAGAAGCAUAAACAUCACAAGGAUGAAGCUGAAAUAUUAGGUCCUUCCAGACUACAUUCCAACCAACUAAAAAGCCAUCGUAAAAACAAAACGGUUUUCCCCCCUGUGACUAAUUUUAUGAAUGAUUGGCCUGACCUACCGUGUUUGCCGGAAAACAUUGACUGGCAUAGCCUUGAUCGCAGUUAUGUAACUGUCUGUGAUAACAGUUCUAUGGGAAUUUCAGAAUAUAACUCUCCCAAAAAGUGUACAGUAGGUACAGAAACUGAAUAUGCUUGUAUUUCUCCUACAAAUUUACACUCAAUCAUCCUAGAUGACCAGUAUUUACAUAUACUCCCUUGGGUUGAUAUGAUUGGUUACAAGCGUCAUUUCUUCCCUUCUUGUUCCGAUCAGGAGUUGAGUGAACUAACUACAAUGCCCGAGCCUUGGUGAUACAUUUGAUCCCGUUGAUAAAUCUUUAUUUAUGGUGCCUUUCUAUGAGAUAAACUGACCUGUUCUACUUGCUUCUUUCAAAGUGUGACUAAUUUUGAUGUAUCCAAGUUUCCUUUGGUUCAACAAUGAUGCAGAUACCAUGAAGCAUUUAUUUAACUCGUCAAUAGUAUGGAUUUCCGCUGUUCGGAACUGGAUUACGUUCAGCUCGGUCUGGUAUUUCGACAAUAAUUCAGUCACUUGUUUGUGUACCGAACAUAACUACCCAUCUAGUCUAAGUGGUUUUUGGUACUUUAAAUUGGUGGACCACUUUUCCCUGAUUGCAAAUACACACAUAUCGAAAGCCCGAUCCGUGCUUUUUAAACGUUUUUACUCAGUGUGGGCUCGUAAAUUUUUGUACAUAUAUUAUUUGACUGUUUGCUUUCUAAGAUUUG